AUGGCUGUCGAAGCCUAUGUGUUAAAUAAAGAGGGUUAUAUGGCUAUUGGGCCAGAGCCCCCAGAUAAGCCAGUUUUGGCUAAAGGAAACGUUAACAUGCAGCGUUUGGACUUGUUGCCAGUAGAGAUUCAGGUUCAGGCAGUCAGAACCCAAAGGCAGUAUGAAAUACCUUCUGAAGAUUAUUGGAGCAUGAUGACAGACGAACUGGUCGACUUAGAUGAGGAGAGAAUGUUAGCCUUGGAUUCCCUACGAAGGCAGAAAGAAAAAGUCGCCAAAGCCUACAAUAAAAAGGUGAAAGGAAAAAUGUUUGUUGUCGACGAUUUAGUUUGGAGAGUGAUCUUGCCUAUGGAUAGAAAUGAUAGAGUUUUGGGUAAAUGGUCCCCUAAUUGGGAAGGACUGUUUAAGGUUUUGCAGGCCUUUUCUAAUAACACCCAUGAGAUCGAGGAGUUGGCACCAGAUAGGCGAAUCCUAAGGGUGAAUGGAAAGUACUUGAAAAAAUAUAGGCCUCUCCUUCAAGAGGUCAAGAUUUCGACAGAAUAA